AUGCUCUCCCGCUCCUUCACCCCCUUCCUCCGCUCCCGGAUCCCCAUCACUCAGCGGGCCUCCCUGUCCACCUCUACUGCCAGAUGGAGCCAGGACUCGUCAUCAUCCAGUGCUUAUAGGGAAGGAAUGGCCCGCUACAAGCUCUUCGUGAGUCCCUUUGCUAAGGUCUUCCUCGGUGCCAUCUUCACCUAUCAAGUCAUCCACUGGACGUGGUUGAAGUUGGAGAUGGAUGAGUCUAAGGCGGAGAAGAAUAAGGAGGUAGAGGCGCUGGAGAAGAAGGCUAAGGAAUUGACCGGCGCGCAAAAAUAA